GCCGGCGACGGUGCGAUGGCAGCGCAGCGGCUGGGCAAGCGCGUGCUGAGCAAGCUGCAGUCCCCGUCGCGGGCCCGCGGCCCGGGGGGCAGCCCCAGCGGGCUGCAGAAGCGGCACGCGCGAGUCACCGUCAAGUACGACCGGCGGGAGCUGCAGCGGCGGCUGGACGUGGAGAAGUGGAUCGACGGAAGGUUGGAGGAGCUGUACCGAGGCAGGGAGUCAGACAUGCCGGAUGAGGUCAACAUCGACGAGCUAUUGGAAUUGGACAGUGAAGAGGAAAGAUGCCGGAAAAUCCAGGGACUUCUGGAGGCUUGUGCAAAUCCCACAGAGGACUUCGUCCAGGAGCUACUGACCAAGCUUCGGGGCCUGCACAAACAGCCCGGCUUCCCGCAGCCCAGCCCCUCAGAUGACCCCAGCCUGAGCCCCCGCCAGGACCGGGCCCACACCGCCCCACCCUGACUGCGCCUGCCUCUGCGCCCCACCCCCAAAGCCCAGAUUGUUUCUAAGUUGUAUUUAAUGGUUCUGUAAUUGCC